GGAAUUCCCAGAGACGUUAAUGUACUAUGUGCUUUUGGUGACUUUCGAUAAAGGGUCAAAUUUUUCAUCAAAAGCGGAAGGAAGUCGAAGUCCUCCUGAUUUGGGUGUGGCAGUGCAAAGCUGUCACAGGCGAGGCAAGCCACACGUUGAAACCCUGCUGGUCCACUCGCGCCAACUUGCGUAUGCAUCGUCAACAACCACGAAUUUCAGCGAGGCAACGGCGAAACGAUUCCCAUAAACCCUCACCUUUGCUCCACCAUCACCCUCACGAUAUACACACCCGCACCAAACACUGCAACAUCCCUCGCACUCUUCCGCCAUGGCCCAAGUUCCCGCAGCCGGCGGUAUCUCAGACCCUGGUCUCAUAACGCUGGUGAACAAGCUCCAGGACGUCUUCACGACCGUUGGCGUACAGAACCCUAUCGAUCUCCCUCAAAUAGUCGUGGUAGGCAGUCAGUCGAGUGGAAAGAGCUCCGUGCUGGAGAACAUAGUAGGCCGAGACUUCUUACCUCGAGGUACCGGUAUCGUGACUCGACGGCCGCUCGUCCUUCAACUCAUCAACCGUCAGCCUGGAGAAGUAAAGACAAAUGGAGUCAAGCAAGAGAGCAUAUCGGCAGGGCAAGAUAAGGAAGCAAAUGUAGAUGAAUGGGGCGAGUUCCUGCAUAUUCCAGGCCAAAAGUUCCACGACUUCAACAAGAUCCGAGAUGAGAUUGUCAAGGAGACAGAAGCUAAGACUGGCCGCAAUGCCGGCAUCUCACCCGCACCCAUCAACCUGCGAAUAUAUUCUCCCAACGUCCUUACACUCACACUUGUAGAUUUGCCUGGCUUAACAAAGGUCCCGGUCGGUGAUCAGCCAAGAGAUAUCGAGAGGCAGAUUAAGGAGAUGGUGCUCAAGCAGAUCAGCAAGCCAAACGCCAUCAUUCUAGCCGUCACGGGAGCAAAUACCGAUUUAGCCAAUUCGGAUGGCCUGAAACUCGCGAGAGAAGUUGACCCCGAGGGCCAAAGAACUAUUGGUGUUCUGACGAAGGUGGAUUUGAUGGACGAAGGAACCGAUGUUGUGGAUAUCUUGGCUGGACGAAUUAUCCCCUUGAGAUUAGGAUAUGUACCAGUGGUGAACAGAGGACAGAGGGAUAUCGACAACAAGAAGGCGAUCACGGCGGCAUUGGAAAACGAGAAGAAUUUCUUCGAAAACCACAAAGCAUACCGAAACAAGAGCUCAUACUGUGGAACCCCAUACUUGGCGAGGAAGCUUAAUCUGAUCUUGAUGAUGCACAUCAAGCAAACCCUGCCAGAUAUCAAGGCCCGUAUCCAGGCUUCGCUGCAGAAAUAUACCACGGAACUUCAGGGCUUGGGAGACUCGAUGCUGGGCAACAGCGGGAACAUCGUUCUCAACAUCAUCACUGAGUUCACGAACGAAUGGCGAACAGUGCUGGAAGGAAAUAAUACCGAAUUGUCAAGCGUGGAGCUAUCAGGAGGUGCCAGAAUCAGUUUCGUUUUCCAUGAACUGUACGCAAAUGGCGUCAAGGCUGUGGAUCCAUUCGAUCAGGUCAAGGAUAUCGAUAUCAGAACCAUUCUUUACAACUCUUCCGGCUCUUCGCCAGCUCUCUUCGUUAACACAGCCGCAUUCGAACUUAUUGUCAAGCAACAGAUCAAGCGCUUAGAGGAGCCAAGUUUGAAGUGUGUGUCACUGGUCUAUGACGAACUUGUCAGAAUCCUCACACAAUUAUUGGGCAAGCAACUCUUCCGAAGAUAUCCGCAGUUGAAAGAGAAAUUCCACCAAGUAGUCAUCAGCUUCUUUAAGAAGACUAUGGACCCUACAAACAAGUUGGUGAAGGAUUUGGUAGCUAUGGAAUCAUGUUACAUCAACACAGGACAUCCGGAUUUUUUGAAUGGUCACAGGGCUAUGGCCCUUGUCAACGAUAAGCAUAAUGCAGCGAAGCCCAUUCAAGUUGAUCCCAAGACUGGUAAGCCAAUGCCGGCAUCAGCUACGCCAGUCCGAGCAUCAAGUCCAACCCUCGCUGGCAUGUCCGAUGAUCCAAACGGUGGCUUCUUUGGCAGUUUCUUUGCCUCGAAGAACAAGAAGAAGAUGGCCGCUAUGGAAGCCCCACCACCAACUCUCAAGGCAUCAGGUACUUUGUCCGAGAGGGAAGGGGUUGAAGUUGAAGUCAUUAAACUUCUCAUCAACUCUUACUACAACAUUGUCAAGAGGACGAUGAUUGAUAUGGUGCCAAAGGCAAUCAUGCUCAACCUUGUGCAAUUCACAAAAGACGAGAUGCAACGCGAACUCCUUGAGAACAUGUACCGCACGGACACACUCGAUGACCUCUUGAAGGAGAGCGAUUACACCAUCCGUCGGAGAAAGGAGUGCCAACAAAUGGUUGAAUCCCUAUCACGUGCCAGCGAGAUCGUCAGCCAAGUGCAAUAGACGCGCCUUCAAUAGUACUCGGAUCGAAACUGACCGUAAGGACCCAUCCAACCGGAUGACGGAGGUUGGCUGGCGAGGGAAGGGAGGUGGCAUAUCCGACCGGAUGGUAUAGAAACUUUUCACUAGCAAGAUAAUAUGCUUGCACCCUAGACUCUUUCUUCCUAGCAUUAUCAAUUGAUACGAUACCUCUUCUGGCGCACGACCCUAAGUAAUGAAUGACGUGGAGGAUGGGACACGAUAGGUUGGUUGGGUUGAUUGGGUGAUUUGGGACAUUUAGCACGCAAGACAAGGCGAAUGGGUACAAUGAAUGGGGAGAAGAGGCGAGAAGAUUGUGAUUGUAUGGAAGCUUCUGUUUAUUUCCGUUUCUCUGCUACCUUUACAUUAGAUAGUGCGAGCAUGAGAUUCAUUACCUGCCAAUCCACUCAACUCGAACGUG